GUAUCCAUGACAUUUUAAAAGAAAAUGCUUUUCAAGGUCAGGUUAUUCAGAAUUAUUAGAAGUAAAAAAAAGUGUUGUCACAAUUGCUUCUACCAGCGUUUCAGUACAUAUCACCUGAUUAUGUUUACUAAUGUAAUAUUAUGGUGGUGAUAAAUUUAACCUAAACUGGACAACUGGGCUGGGAUUAUAUAUAUAGUAUAAAUAUUAUAUUACUGUUACAUUAUAUUGUAAUUAUAAUAUAUCGUCAUUAUUUUCACCUGAUGAUGUUUACGAAUGCAAUAUUAUGGUGGUGCUACGCUUAUCCUAUUGACGUAUUAUGUUUUUAUAGGAUUUGUGUGAAGGAACUAAGGAUUGUAGCUGUUAUAAAAGUAUCCGCCCCUUUACGUUGUAAAGUUAUAUAUACUAUUGAUAUUAUUGCCUUAUCGGUCGGUUAUAGGUGAUUCAAAACACAAAACACGACUUUUAUUUUGAAUAGAUAAUGACUAAAAAUGUCGGUCGAUUAACCACAUCCGGUCUGAGAUUCCGAGCACUGCGCAGACUCCUCCAGCAGAAGUUUACUGUUGCCUAGAAACGUCGGUUAGCUGGUUUAUCGGCAAUCGUGUAAAGGUGACCUGAUGCAGAGCACAGGAGAGGAUGCGGAGGGAAGCUCCAGCCAAAGAGAGAAACACACCAACCUGCAGGAUGGAAGUGACAGAGCAGCAGAGGACAGUGAUGCGACUGUCCUAUCUGCUCCACAGGAUCAGUCAUCACCGCAGUCAGAUUUUCCCUUUCUGCAGCCUUACAGUGACCUGAGUAUUGCAUAUGAACACUCCCCUGCAGCUGCAAACUCUUUGGAAGAAAAUAUUUCUCUGAUCUUGGAGACACCUCGCCUUUUCAACGUCAGUACAUCAGAAGAGGAUCAGGAGCAACUGCCAGAAGAUGAAGAUGAGGAAGAGGAGUUCAUAGUUCUUGACCCUGAACAUCCACUGGUCAGAAGGCAACAAGCUGCUCUGAGCAUCCAGCUCAGCCAACAGCUGGAGAGGAUCAACCUGGGACUAAAGGAAAAGAUGGCAACAGAAAAGGCUGAUGCCUGCCACAUACAGGAAGCAGGUAUUGAGAUGUUCAGGGUACAGGAGCAGCUGGCCAGAAUGCAGAACAGACUGGAAGACCGCCAUAAGACCAAAUCACAGGCUGAAGCAAAACAUCGGCAGGCCCAGGAUCAGCUGGAGGCCACAAAGAGUCAGUAUGCCAGUAUCACCAGCCAGGACAGGGGACUUAAAGCCAAAGUGUCUCAGCUACAGGCUGAGUUAGACAAUGUGAUGCUGCACCUUAUCUUUGCACAAGGAGUCAGUGAAGAUUUUCAUUCUAAAGUCAAAAUCAUGAAUAAUGCCAGAUGCAAAGUGGAAGCUGAGAAGACUCAGGCAGAAGACCAGAAACUGAAGCAGGAUUUGUAUGUGGAGCGCCUAACAAAUGAGAUGGAGCAACUGACACAGCAGAAAGCCUUGUAUGAGACCCAGGCCAGCGCUCAAGAAGGGGAGACACAGGCAGCCAAAGAGGCCCUGUCUGAGGCGGAGAUGGAAAUUGAGUCUCUGCUGAUGGUCCGUAAACAGCUACUGCAGCAGUGGAACAGCAGCCUCAUGAGUAUGAGGAGACGAGAUGAGGACUUCAGUGCCAUGAAGAAGGCCAUGCGAGCGGUCGUGCAUCAGGUGGCCUUGCUGGACAGAGAGAUUGAAAGCUACAAGAAGUCCACAACUGCAGAGCAAGAGCAAAAUGAGUCACUGACUGUGCAGUUGAACUGGUCUCAGAUAGAUGGAGCUACUUCCAAAAAGCUGAUCAGUCAGAAACAGGUUCAGCAAGAGGCUCUGCAGGCCCACUACAGCACAUGUCUCCGCACUCUGUGUGCAAUAGAGUGUACUCUCUCCACACACACAAAGGAAGCCAGUACACACCAGGCUGAACUGAAGGAUCAGCAACGGCAGGUAGAAAAACAGAGCUCUUUGCGUCUUAUGCUGGAGGACAAGAUUAUGACGCACAUAAAUCGGAAGCUCAACCACAGCAAGGCUGUCAAGUACUCCCAAAGGUUCACCAGUAAGAUAAGCAGUCUCAAGGACGAGAAGAUAUGUCAGCUGAAGCAGCUGGAGAACAAAAUAUUCGCAGUUAGACUUGAGAGCCAACAGAUCGACCAACACGUGGACAACCUGGUCCACACCCAAGAGGCCUUAGAUGAGGAGAUUGCAAACUGCAACAAAUUACUGACUGACCACCAGACUAAGGCUUCUUCAUUUAUUAAACUCAUUUACCAGAAGCAGACAGCAAUUGCCAAUUGCAACACCAAGAUUUCUCAAAUCCUCACCAGCACUGGGCAUGAAGACCUGAGUCCUCUGCAAAUCAAGGUGGAAGCAAUAAUGGCUCAGAUUGAUGAGCUGACAGCAGAUAUUAAGAGUGACCAGCAGCUCUGGAUUAGAUGUCAGGGGACUCUAGUAGGACUGACACGGGAGAUGGAGGCCAACGGCAGGGAGUUGCGCAAACUGCAGACAGAAUAUACUGGAAUGCAGCAGAAGAAAAUCCGCCUGGAGAGUCAGUUUGAAGAAUGGCAUCAAGAAGAAAAUCAGCUGGAGAAGAACUCAAAGAUGCUGAAGAGAGACCUGCUGAAGCUCAACGCCUUGCUGUGCAAGAACAGACAGCUGAGCCACGUUCUGGAGCAAGAGAACGCAUUCAUGGAGACAGACUUCCUUCACAGAUUGAAGGAGGCGGAGCAGGAGUCUGUCCAGAUACAGAUGAAGCAUGAGAAGACACGGGAAGAGAAAGAGUGGCUCCUCAACAGUUUGCUAGAGGCCGAGCGUCAAAUCAUGCUGUGGGACAAGAGGACCCAGAUUGUAAAGGAGACUUGUUCAGCUGUGGACUCAGAGGUGGGCCGGGGAGACAUCCAGGUGAUGAAAGCUGAAAUACAUUGCAUGGAGGCAUGUGGUGUUCAGGAUGAGAUUGUUCUCCGUGCACCACACUGUCAGUCGCUCCACUUCUUCUCUGUAUGCCAACUUGUCCCUACCUGUGAUGAGCCCUACCAUGACCAUGGUGGUGUAGUCAGCACACAUUAUAAUGCUGCUGGGGUGCGUCUUAACCAGCUGAUGAAAAAACAGGAGCGGCUGCUGAGGGAAAGUGAAGCAACUGUGGCAAGGAGAGAAACAAUUGUCCUGCACAGGGAGGCCGUUGUACACAACUCGCAGAAACAGACCACAAAGGGUAAACUGAGCCACUUCAUACAGGGCCUCCAGCGCAAGAUCCAGGAGAAACACAAAACUGUGUCAGAGAGUAAGCAGGUGAUCAGGGAGCUCCAGAAGAGCCAGGUGAGUCUGAGUAACAGGCUUGUGCAGCAGAAGCAGCAGGUGAUCGAACUUUGUGGCACCAGCUGCAUCCUUGAUUCUGACUUUGUAAGCCUCAAGGACACCAAAGAUAAGAACCUUGCCCAUCUAUUGACACUGCAGAGUCGGACCAAGAUACUCCAGGGAGUGUGUGAGGGCAGCUACCAAGCCUUGUCUACCAGCACAUCAGUGGGAGCUGCUCUGCUGAGCCAGAUGCACCGAAUUCACACUACCAGCACCAUCUUGCACCACAUGUGUGAGGAAUUCCCCCAGCAUCAGGGCGCACUCCGCAGACUAGCAUUAACACUGGCUGCAAAAUCCAUGAGUGAGGGGAAGAUAAAGCAGUGACAGUGAGCACAGAAGAGGCAGUGGUGCUGAUGGCAGGGAAAUAUUGAAGACCAAGAGGUCAUUGGUGUUUGCUUUAUUCUGUGUUUUGAAUGAAAUACUGGUUGUAAAACAACAUGAGAUAAUACAUGAAAUCAACAAAAAGGUCCUUUAUAGAGUUUGGCUUUUUUAAUCCAGUAUGGAAAUGAUUCAUGAAGAGAUGCUCUAAAAGUUCACUUUAGGAAAGUCCAUUUAGUAACACUCAAAAUUAAACAGAUUAGACUAGAGUUGACAGUCUUUUUUUAACUGAAACAGAAAUGCUGCAAUAAGGAUGUUGGGAAUGCAGUUUAAAAAAUAAAUAAAUAAAAAUCCGCUCAAAUACUAUUCAUGCACUAAUCUAUCAAGCGUCUCAUUCAGACGUGGAAGGUUACCUUUUGCGUCAGUAUCAAACGUCUAGGGGCGUGACAAAUCGUCGGUAUAUUACGUCUUGGGAAUGAGAACGGGCAACAGCCACAACAGAGGCUUAUGGGUAGUGUAGACUUUUUUCGCUAUCGAAAACAUCUGAAUAAAAGUUUCUCAGAAUCAAAGGAGGAAAAACUAAAAGUGAUAUCCACAACAUGAAGCUACUUUAUUGUUGAAUUAUCAGUGAUACUGAUACUAUCAGUGAUGUGUUUGUGUUGAGAAAUGUUGACGAUCUCAUUAAAAGAAAUGCCUAAAAUAGUGAGAAAAACA